AUGGCUGCCAAAACACAACCAUCUUCUUCUUCCUUACUACUCAUGUCCUUGUGCUUGCUACUUGUUUCAACCAUUGUCCCUUCAUCAGUUCUCUCAGCCACUCUUCGUUCCGACAUUCAAGCUCUAGAGUCUAUCAUACGCAGCAUUGAUCCAAGUUCCAUCUCCCCUUCCUCUUACCUCAGCACAUGGGACUUCUCUGAAGACCCCUGUGAAGGCGCAGGGACGUUCUUGGGAGUUAUGUGUUCUUUCGACCCUCUUGAGAACACGACGAGCCGAGUCACAGAGAUCGAUCUUGAUGAUGACGGUUAUGACGGUUUCCUCUCUGAUGCAACAGGAAACUUAACCGAGCUCACUGUCCUUAGCCUCAACAGGAACAGAUUCCGUGGUCCAAUACCAGAAACUGUGUUCCAACUCAGGAAACUCACCAAACUCUCUCUCUCUGGAAACUUCUUCACGGGAGACAUAUCCCCAGGAAUCACGCGGCUCAAGCAGCUCAAAACCAUAGACCUGUCAAGAAACAGCAUCGCCGGUGAAAUCCCUCCAAGAAUCUCAGCCUUGAGAAGUUUGACUCACCUGAUCCUUUCAAACAACCAUCUCGAUGGAAGAAUACCUGCGCUCAACGGCUUGUGGAAGCUACAAGUGUUAGAACUCGGUAACAAUCAUCUUUUCGGGAUGCUUCCUAAGCUUCCCCCAAGUCUAAGAACUCUAUCCAUCUGUUUCAACAGCCUUGCAGGACGUAUCUCGCCUCUGCAUAGGCUGAAACAGCUUGUGUCACUAGAUGUGAGCCAGAACAGAUUUUCAGGCACCAUUGGCCAUGAAAUCCUUACAUUUCCAGAGAUUUCACGCAUCAACGUGUCAUUUAACCAGUUCAUAUCCAUAGAGGUUAUUAAGGUUACAGGCAUGGAAUCCCGCCUGCGCAUACUUGACGCUGAAGGAAACCAUUUACAGGGUCACCUUCCACUGAACCUGGCAACUUAUGGGAACUUGAAGGAUAUCAAUCUACGGAGCAACAUGUUCUCCGGGGAUAUUCCAAGGAUCUAUGGGAAAAGACUUGAGAACUCAUGGAGAAGCUUAUACUUGGAGAACAACUAUCUGACAGGAUCACUUCCUGAGGAGUUUCAAAGGAUCUCUAAACAGAUCAGAGGAAGCCUUUCGAAUAACUGUCUGCAGUGUCCGAAGAAUGUUCCAAUCUGCCAAGGAGUACAAAAGCCAAAAUCACAAUGCACCAAUGCAAUGCAGGAGGAAUUGGAGUAG